UAAAUAGUAGAGGGAUGGGGAAGAGGAAGAAGAGUACCGGGGAGUAGGGGAGGAGAGGGGUAGACCAGAGUGGGUCAGAAGCACGCGUUAUGAACAGGCAGUUCCAUGUGCACACAUGGGUGAUAAUUGGGGAAGGAAGAAACACUCAUACACAGCAAAAACUACACAUUUAGUGGAAACACAGAGAAAGACGAUCCACCAUAUCUACACCCACAUGGUUAAAACCCAACCUUUAGCACUCUCUCACUGUUCUCUCUGAUCUUUAAGCAUACCCGAUUCAGAGAAAGCCAAGAGAUGGAGAAAAGCAGCGAUGGGUUUGUGAGGGCCGAUCAGAUUGAUCUGAAGAGCUUGGACGAGCACCUCAACAGGGCAUGGAUCAUGGAGAAGAACAAGAAGAAGGAGGAUGGCACUUUUAACCAUACUCGUAGCAAUAGUAUUCAUAUUGACGUCAGGACCACCUCCAGGACUGUGAAGAAGGAGAGGCAGGAGUGGGAGAUCGAUCCCUCCAAGCUCGUCAUCAAGGCCGUCAUUGCCUGUGGCACGUUCGGCACCGUUCACCGUGGCAUCUACGACGGCCAGGAUGUCGCCGUUAAAUUGCUCGAUUGGGGUGAGGAGGGUCAUAGGACAGAAGCUGAGAUUGCUUCAUUAAGGGCAGCUUUUACACAAGAAGUUGCUGUGUGGCAUAAGCUAGAUCAUCCAAAUGUUACUAAGUUUAUAGGGGCAACAAUGGGCUCAUCAGAAUUACAGAUACAAACUGAUAAUGGUCAAAUUGGCAUGCCAAGUAAUAUCUGUUGUGUUGUUGUGGAAUAUCUGCCUGGGGGUGCUCUGAAAUCUUACCUCAUAAAAAACAGGAGAAGGAAGCUAGCUUUUAAGGUCGUCAUCCAGCUUGCACUAGAUCUUGCUAGGGGGUUGAGUUACCUUCACUCGCAGAAAAUUGUUCACAGAGAUGUAAAGACAGAGAACAUGCUAUUGGACAAGACACGUACAGUAAAAAUCGCUGACUUUGGAGUUGCUCGUGUUGAGGCUUCAAAUCCUAAUGACAUGACUGGGGAGACAGGGACACUUGGUUAUAUGGCUCCUGAGGUUCUCAAUGGCAAUCCAUAUAACAGGAAAUGUGAUGUGUACAGUUUUGGCAUCUGUUUGUGGGAGAUAUAUUGCUGUGACAUGCCGUAUCCUGACCUUAGUUUCGCAGAAGUGACUUCAGCUGUGGUUCGGCAGAAUCUGAGGCCAGAGAUACCAAGAUGCUGCCCAAGUUCCCUGGCAAAUGUAAUGAAGCGCUGCUGGGAUGCCAAUCCCGACAAGCGGCCAGAGAUGGAAGAGGUAGUUUCCAUGAUAGAGGCCAUUGAUACAUCUAAAGGCGGAGGUAUGAUCCCACUCGAUCAGUCCCAAGGUUGUGUUUGCUUCCGCAAGUAUCGUGGACCUUAAAUUCUUUGGUCCUCAUAAACAACUUUAUGUAAUUAUUUCAAAGACUGGAGAGAUCCAACUGUAGUUACACAGAAGAUAACAAAACUUGGGAUAUCUUGAUGCGAGAAAACAGACGGUGAUGGCGGAGCUGUGCUACAUCUCACUUUGUUGGAUGUUGCAAAGUUUUUGCUUCCCUUUCAAGAUGUAUAUUUCUUUUGUCAAAAUAAGUUUUGAAUUUCCCCAAUGUGUAUUAUACUCUGGUUGUUGGACUGGCCCUGCAACCUCUUUGUAAGAUGGAUGUCCCAUUAAUAUAGUUUGAUCAAUUAUCAUUGAAUAUAUAAAGUUGAACCUCA